AUGUCAUCCGACACAAUAUUUGGGUUCCCGAAAUAUCCACCAUUCCAACUAAAUAGUCCUCGAUUCCACAAAGAAACCUCUACGGAAGCUGUUGAUGAAUAUCUACACUAUUUGGAUGUUGUUGAUCCGUCCACGCUAUUUACAUCCGACAAACGGUUGCGUGAAUCCGUCCAACUGCUCGAAGACUAUCAAAAAGGUGUAGCGAAAGCUACUGAUCAGGAGCUAUGGCGAGCACAAAAAGUGAAGCAGGCGAUUCUACAUCCGGACACCGGUGAGAAGGUGUUACCACCAUUUCGAAUGAGUGGAUUCGUGCCAUUCGGAUGGAUUACGGUAACAGGAAUGCUCCUGCCGAAUCCCUCUUGGCCAACGCUUCUAUUCUGGCAGUGGAUGAACCAAUCUCAUAAUGCUUGUGUUAAUUAUGCAAAUAGGAAUGCAACUCAGGUAACCAUUCGCACGAAGGUGGUCCUGAAAGGGAAGAAAACAAGGAUUUUUCCCAAAAGCUGCUCUCUCGCAAAAGAUGUCACAAUCACUGAUAGACCUUAUGCCAAUGGAAUUCCGCGCGAACACGCGGUUUCUGAUCCUUUGGGCUAG